CAUACUUCUUUCACCUGAGAGAGGCUUCUACUUCAUUCAACCAUUAAAUGAAAUAGUGCAAAGAAAGCAUUGGCAAAUUGCUUUGGGUUUCUUCAUUGGGUUUCUCUCUCUUUCUCAAGCGACGAGUGUGAAUCAGGAAUAUGGAUGGUGAUUUGCCUAACAUAAAGAAAUGGAUUGUGAUGUAUCCUGUUUAUAUAAAUUCGAAAAAGACUGUAGCUGAAGGAAGGCGAAUUGGCAUCACCAAAGCAUGCGAAAACCCUACUUGUGCUGAAAUUGGUGAUUGCUGCAGCUAUCUUAAACUUCCUUUUGCAAUUGAGAUAGACAAGGCUUACCCUCGUGAUUUCAUGCAAAGAGGGCGAGUGAGGGUAUCGCUGAAAAAGGAGGAUGGGACUCUCUAUAAUUCCUCCAUCUCAUCCCGAAAGCAACUAAUGUUUCGCGUUGCAGAGAUGGUACCUAGACAUAGUGGAAGGACUAAGAAGCAGGAGACUGCAUCAACAUCAACUGCUGGACCUUCCACCAAAUCUGGGAAGGGUGGAAAAAAGAAGAGAUAAUUCUGUGUUUGAAGUAUUAUCGAACAUGUUAUUAGAGUGUCUUGCAGGAUAUCUUAUUUCUUAUAAUAGGAAUAAUUUGUCCCAACUAAGUUGAAGUUUUCCCACCCCAUUAUGUGUUUGUUAAACUUUAGCAUGUUGAGACUUUACAUUAUACUUAUAGGACAUUUUUGUUUUCAUAGAAUAUUGUCUUUGCUUUUUUCCUGACCUUUUUGCUAAAGUUGCAAGGGAAGAACCGCAGUACAUUUGUGCUUUAAAGCCAAGCAUCAGCUUUAGUAAGAACUCCACGAGUCCUUGUUAUUUUAG